ACUUGUAUAAAAAUAAUAAUAGGUUAGUCAAAAAGUCAAAACGCAACCAGAGAUCAUUCGGUUUCUAACUAAACGCUGCGUUUAGGAGUUUUCUCGGCGACGCUUCAAUAUCCAUGGCGGAAAAAGCACCGUCCUCCUCCUCCUCCUCUUCUCCGCCGAAAGAAGUUGCAGAUGAAACACAAGACUGGAUACUCGGAGCCGGGUCGGGUUGGGUCGAAGCUCGUAAAACUUGCGAUCACUUGAACACUUUAUCUCCCGAUUUACUUCACUUACCAACUCCUGAUACUCCUUGUUCUAGGUGCCAAAACCCGGUAGAGAACUGGUUAUGCCUUUGUUGUAAAGAGGUUCUAUGCAGCCGUUUCGUGAAUAGGCAUAUGCUGAUGCAUCAUCAACAAACCGGUCACUGCCUUGCACUAAGCUAUAGUGACUUGUCGGUAUGGUGCUUCUGCUGUGAAGCGUAUCUUGAUGCUCAGAUCAUUUUGCAGCUGAGACCAAUUCACCAAGCUGCUUACAUUCUUAAAUUUGGCGAGGCUCCUCCUUUACCCCAACUUUGAUAACACCAAAGAGCUCUCUUUUUCUGUACCUAUCUGUCUCUCUAGAUGUGUUAGUGAAGAAAGUUUGGUACAUUGAGUUCUUUGUUUUUGUUUUUUUUUAGGUUCCAAUGAGAUUUAUUAAGUUUCUAAAUCACUAUAUUACAUAUCAUCUCACGAACCAAUAUUAUCAAGAGUUAAAUUAUAAUUUCAUUAAAGUUAAA